UGUAGAUGUUUAGUUUUAUUUACUUGCUUGUGCUUCGAUUCAAUUAUGCAUAGACCGAACUGAUGAGGAGUAGAAAACACCUGCAGGAUUUAUAAUAAACUGACUGAAUCAUGUGUGGCUCUUUACAAUAUUACUAACUUAAAGCACGUCUGGUUUAUGUGAGUUCUGUGUGCUUCAGAUGAUGGAGGAUUUCUCAGGUCUGGCUCUUCCUCCGCUGUUCGGGGGUCACUUUCUGGAAGCGGAGCUGGAGACGGGUGGCGUGGAGCUGGGCCCCAGCGGCACUGAGCUCCUGGAUAGCGAUGGGGCCCCGUCGGGCCCCGCACAGGACGAGGAAGAUGAGAGGAGGGAGCUGGACAAAAAGAAGUAUCAAGCUCUCAGCAAGAGGUGCAAGGAGAUUGAACAGGUAAAUGAGAAGAUUUUGGGACGACUUCACCAGGUGCAGAGACUGACACGCCGACUGAGGAAAGAAAGAAGGUUUCUGAUGAAGACUCUGGACUCGUAUGGAGAUGAUUACAGGACGGCACAGCUCACCAUCACACUGGAGGAUGAAGGGAAGGCAGGUUUAGAUUCAGCUGUUGGUGCUGAUGAAGAAAGCUCUUCUCCAACGUGUCCUCAUCAGUCGGCAGCUGGACCAAAGAAAAAGAGACACCGGGUCCCAAAGGACAGAGAGAGAGAUGCACAGAUGGAGUCGGAGCAUCCGCUCGUGACGGAGGGUCAGUUCACAGGAUUCCCCAGCCCUAGUUCACCGUCUCACUGAUCCCAGACCGGAAGAAGAGCACGCCGAGGCUGACAGACUCUAACUCCCAGCAUGCAUGAAAUCACCAAACUGUUUUUGUGGGGGUGAAAAAAAAUUUUUGUCGGGAAAUUACGACUUUUUUUUAUAAAUCUUUUUUAUGUAACUCCAGCAUUUGGGCCCGAUCUUUUGUCAUGAUGAAGACAUUAAACGUUUUUUCAGUUUAACUUC